AUGGACAUGCCUGUGAAUGUACCCGUUGAUGACCCAAACGCAGACACAGAAUGGAACGAUAUCCUCCGGAAACAUGGAGUUAUACCCGAAAAGCCUCCAUCCCCUACACCGAUUAUACAAGAAGCGAUUGAAAAAGCUCGCCAGUUAGAGCAUGAGAACCGACUAGAAGAUAAGACGUUGGAUGAACUAGAUGCCCUUGAAGAUGAAGAAGACGAAGAAUUCCUAGAAAAAUACCGACAGAAGCGCUUCGAAGAACUCUCGCGAAUACAACAGACCAGCAUCCACAACCAAGUCUACCCCCUCCAAAAACCAGAUUACUCUCGGGAUGUCACCGAGGCAUCGUCCAAAUACUACGUGAUAGUGCACCUUACCUCCUCGCUAGGAAACAACAUAGAAUCCCGCAUACUCACCGACAUAUGGCGUCAGCUGGCUGCCAAGUACGGCGAUAUAAAAUUCUGCGAGAUACGCGCUGACCUGUGUAUUGAGGGGUAUCCUGAAAAGAACACACCAACGAUACUAGCCUACAAGGACGGCGAUAUUAAAAAACAGAUCAUCACCCUGAGGGAACUGAACGGGGCACGGACCAGGGCUGAGGAUGUGGAGAAGAUGCUUGUUGACAUGGGCGCGCUGGAUGAGCAUGAUAGCCGGCUAAAGAAGCCGUCUAGUACGCCGAAGCCGGCAGAGAAUGAUGAAGAUUACGACGACUGGGAUUGA